UACUGCAACAAUGCCACGAAGCGCCACUGUUUUCAAGUAAUAGCUGAAGUGUUAGUAGCGGAGAAAAUGAAAUAUUGCAAUGUUUCGUAGCUGUUUCCAAUAAUUGUAAGCGCUGUUGAGGCACCAGUCGUUUACAGUGGCUGCCGGUUGCGUGCGCAUUAGGAGGGCGGAAUAUGUGAGAUAAUAUUUGCAUUUUUUCACUUAAGAAUAUUUCUUGAGUCGGGACAAACAACGGGAUUUAAAACCUUGGUUAAGACAAUAGCAACAAUCAACUAAUUUAUGAAAUCAGUUACGUCGUGUGAGAUAUUUCACCAUGUGCACAUGUUCGUAAUUACGAAUAACACGAGAAUCGUCGUUCUUUCGUUCCAUUUGGAAAAGAGUCGUUCACGAACGACCCACUUUUUGCUGUAUUCUUUCGCGACCGCUCAGUAGACCUUCCUGUUCCGUUGCUGUACAUACAAGGAAGACCACAGGGGUCACAAAUAUUAUUAAACAUGUUUUACCGGGGCCAAGGACCACACAUGGCGGACGCUGCUCCUGCCGGUGGUCGUGGGGGUUUUCGUGGUGGAUUUGGUGCUCGAGGUGGUCGUGGUGGACCCAGAGGCAGGGGUCGCGGACGAGGCCGUGGAAGAGGUCGUGGCAAGGAGGCAGAGAAAGAGUGGAUGCCUGUAACAAAGUUGGGCAGAUUGGUUAGAGAUGGAAAGAUCCGUUCCCUUGAAGAAAUUUACUUGUACUCUCUGCCCAUCAAGGAAUUUGAGAUCAUUGACUUUUUCAUUGGAGUUUCAUUAAAAGAUGAAGUUCUGAAAAUUAUGCCUGUUCAGAAGCAAACUCGAGCUGGUCAACGUACAAGAUUUAAGGCAUUUGUUGCCAUUGGUGAUUCAAACGGCCACAUCGGUUUGGGUGUGAAAUGUUCAAAGGAAGUGGCAACAGCUAUCCGUGGAGCAAUUGUUUUGGCAAAGUUGUCUGUGGUGCCUGUGCGCAGAGGUUAUUGGGGAAACAAGAUCGGAAAACCUCAUACUGUUCCAUGCAAGGUUACGGGCAAGUGUGGAUCGGUACAGGUGCGCUUGAUCCCAGCUCCAAGAGGAACUGGUAUUGUGUCUGCCCCUGUGCCGAAGAAGUUGCUGCAGAUGGCUGGAAUUGAAGACUGUUAUACUUCAGCCCGUGGUUCCACAGGCACUCUGGGUAACUUUGCCAAAGCUACUUAUGCUGCUAUUGCAAAGACAUAUGCCUACCUUACCCCUGAUUUAUGGAAGGAACAGGAAUUGAACAAAUCACCAUACCAAGAGUUCGCAGAUUUUCUGUCCAAGAAAUACAUUGGAAUUUCAACUCGUGAUGCAUAAGCAAUUUUGUUCAAUGUAAAACUAUUGGGGCAACAAAUACAAUAAAAGAGUUUUGAACCAUAAUAGUUUCUUGUAGGUAUUUUAUAUUGUAUUUUUUACAGAAACAAAUGAUACUUGAAGAAUAUUAUGAGAGAUUGGUAGGUAAGUAGUUUGUAAUGGUUCCCAUUUUCAUUUCAUAUUUUUGUUUAGGCUGCAGUUAGUCAUAAUUUAGGUUUUUUUCCUGUAGAAAUGUUUUUGAUGAAGUCAUUUAAGGAAUAUCCAUUUUAACUUUGCAUUACUUCUUUUUUUAGGUAGUUUUCAUUUUUGAAGGUAGUUUUCAUUUGGAAAUGGUGACAAUUUAAUUGUCCUGCUACAUCCUUUCCUCUAGGUUAUCUGGUUAAUGUCUGAGAAGUAUGUUCUUAAUGUUUCUUGCUGCUUCCAAGAUUUAAUUUGAGAUCUUGUUACAUUCUUAGUUUUUUGAUGCAUUGUAUGAAUCACCAUCCUGAUGCUAAGAAUGCUGGUGAUGCUUCGGAAAGUGGUGGAACAAUUCUCAUAAUUUGCCAGUUUUUGAGUUGGGUGUAAUAAAAUUUUUUAUAUCCAAAGACAGGAUUCCUGUUGAACUAUAUAUUCUUUGCCAACUUGAAAUUGGAUGAAACCUUGGCAGAAAAUUGGAUCUUGAAACUAUUCUUAGUACUU